UCAAUUUUGUUGUCAAAGGUAUUCUUGUGUGUGUCAAUAAUAUUGUCUAAAAACGUCCACAACGGCAAAUUGUUACACCUCGCCUAGAUUUUACAUAAAUAAAACCUCAGGAGACAACCACAUCGUAUGGUGGUAUAUGAACCAUUAAAAGGUUGAAUAAAAAUUGGUUUGAAGAUACGUAAACCCGAAAUUUUAUGGAGGUUUAAAGUUAUAAAAUCAUAUCAAGAUGCCCGCUGUAACUUCCACUACGGUGGAGGAGCAGAAUGAAGCUGAUCAGAAGAUGUGGAGCGCCCUAAAGCGCUAUAUCAUACGUGAAAGGCAAAGGAAGAAAGAAGAAUAUGAGGCUGAGGUAGAAGAGGAGCGACUUCGCAAGGAAAGAGAAGCAAGAGAGAGACAGGAUGUUAUGACUCUCGAGGAAACUAAAGAACAAAUUGAGCAAUUGGAACAGAAACUCAAACAAUUGGAAAAGGAAAAACAACAACUAUUCAUGCAACUCAAAAAAGUAUUGAAUGAGGAUGAAAUUAGAAAGAGACAGCAACAGAAGGAAACUAACGACUUUUCCAGCGAGAUGCAAUCUAUGAAGAUGCAGACGAUGGGGGGCAACAUUCAGAUACCAAUGUUCCCCAUGCCAACGUCUACGGGACAAGGGGAGCCACCCCCGACACAGGGACGCCCCCCACCACUUACUUCGCAUAUGAUGACCAAGCAUAAGCACUCAAACCACAUGUUGUUCCCACAACAGCCGACGAUAGUGCGUGGUCCCAUACAGUCGGGAGUGAAACGACCAAGGAGUCCGUCGCCAACUUACGCCCUCUAUGCUCAUCGGUUGCAUCAACCGCCUAUGAAGCAUCAACAAGUUUAUUCCGAUCACAAAGUAGAAGAUGGCCGCAUGGGCCGUCAGAUGGCUCGCGCAGUACUGUGGAACAAACCAUCUCAAUACGGCUCAAACGUGGGCGGUUCAUCGGUAUCCUCAACCGCGUACUACGCGAUGCCGAGCUCCGGCGUAGUCGGCGUAGUAGGGGAACGUCCUCCCCCCCUACUAUACGCUCACCACGCGCACACCCCCCAUACGCCCCAUACGCCGCAUCACGCGAACCUCAUGUAUGCGCCCGCGCCGCAACCGCCGCAGUUGUACUUAGAUAUGUUGAAGAAUAGAGAUGGACAGCAACAUCAGGAACAGAAGAAAGAGGCGCAGCCGCAAGUGCUAAUCGGACUCAGCGAGGCCCACCACCCUUCAGUGAGCAGCGGCGUUGCGUACGCGCAGCCACCCGUCUCCCGCCAUCUCUCCAUCCACCCGCCGCCGCAACAUAACAAUAUGCAGAACAAAAUAGAACGUAGCGGCUUUCCUACUCGCAAAAUUUACGGCCAAACCGGGCAGUAUUACCCAAGGAUACCCAGUGCAGCAGUCGAGCAGCGUGCAGAGCAACAUAUAUCCGAACCGGCAUCGCUAUUAGCUAGUAAUAAUCCGUCGGCAGGCCGGCAAGCAGCCGCCCUAGCCGCGGCCGCGCGGCCCUGCCCGCGCCCCCCCAGGGUCCACCACAUGAAGCACAUACUACUCAGGGCUCUUAUGCAUGAGCUGUUGAAGAAAUAGAUGCCUUACGAUUUUUUAUUGGCUGCGUUUGACACAUAUAUUUUAAAAUUUUAUUUUGUGCUGUUUUGCAGCCAAGUUUGAGUUUAUAGGUAAGACAGAUUGCAAAAUUAAGUUGCUAUAAAAAGUAUUUUAUACACAUAAACUGCAGCAUAUACAAUGAUCCCAUCAGGAUCUGUUGGCUGCAAAACGUGUUUAUUUUGCUAAUAUCUACAUUUCAAAAACUUAAGGUUUAUAUCGGGUGUUCCUAAUUGCAAGAUUCACAUUCGGAAACAAUCAAAGUGGUUUGCAACAUUUACAUUGGUCGAGCCUAAAUUAUAUUCGUGAUCUGAUGUUUAGGACUUGUCGAUAUAUAACUGUUAUUCUACAAUAUUUGUUUAAUUGGUAUCCAUUAAUAUUCGUGAAUUUCACAUGUAUUCACUUCAACAUCUCAUGUAUAACGUGAUGUGAACAGUGACUGAGACAAGUUUAGGUUGUGCAGUGAACAACUGUUUUAGUGCAAAAACAAUAUCCUGUACAGUGAGACUAUAUUUUUGUGGGCAACGAAAUAUGCACCUUAUGUACCUGUACAUAAAACACAUUUUAAAUCAGACACAAUAUUAAAUUAUGAAACUACAGUAUAUAAUAUAAUCUGUAUUUAUAAUAGCUUCAAAUAAGGACAAAUGAAUACAUAGAGGACAUAUUUUAAACUUACUAGACAACGUAGAAUAGAAGAGAAAUAUUUAAAUAGUUAAGAUGCGUUCUAGAAUAAAUGGCCCAGACAGAAAUAUACAUAGAAAAUGUACUAUGAGGUGCAAUACUUACUAAUUAUUUAUGCAGAAGGGACAAUAAAAUUUUGGAGUGUCAAUGUGCUGGUUUUUUACAUAUCUAGUUUGGGACUCUUAUCCUAGAAACCAUGAGUGCUAUAUUUUGUUGCCGACAAAACACAUAAUUAUUAUAUCUUUUAAGUUAUUCAAUGCAUAUGUACCUACUAUAAACUAUACAGAAAUAAAUAAAAAAAUAUAUAAGUAGUAAUAA